ACGCUUACCAAACGUCCGUCGACCGUAACGGAAAGUAGAAUUCAGUAAGGGAUUUUAAGAACUUUCCAUGUUUUCUAAAUGGAGUAUUGUUUAGAAUUUGUUUUCGUUUGGAUUACCUAUAAAACUUUCUUAACAACAAGGGUUCUCUUGGCUGGGAGGUGGCAUGGUUGAAUUAAGAAAGUUGAGUCAAUUGUCCAACAACAACGAAAUCAACGAUACAACCCUGUGGGGAUGGUGGCCCAUAUUCACACAAGGCUGUCAAAUUUCUGGACGCUUCCUAAUUGACAUUCUAGGUUUUAUUUGCAUUAUCAUGUACAGCAGCCACAAGAUCAAAAGAUUAAUGAUUAUAAACGUGUAAAUUAUAAAUUAAAUAAUUAAAAUGUGAAAAAAUUUUAAAAUUCAAGCCAAUCAUUUGACGUUCUAGUGGGAUUUGGAUACCGCAUAAAAACAUACCGAAAGUAAAAACAGCAGUUUACACACGUAUGAACCACGAACAAUUCCAUGGUGAAAUAAUUAAAGAUGGUCUCAUUUGUACAACAACCACAAAUAAUAUGGUGCAAUCCACCAUCUUGCCAUCAAGCUUAUCGACGUUUUACCAACAAAGAAAUUUGUGUGCGUGAGCGUACAUGAGCAGAGAAUAUGCGAAAAAGAAGAUGACAACAAAGAGAAUGCAAACAAAAAUCUAACAUCUUAAUACCGUCAAACCAGGCUGAUUGUAAACAGCGCGAAACCACCUUUAUAAAUACCCCUUGGUACAAUUCCUUAGUUCAUUGGACCUAGCCUUCUUCCGUAAACGCGAAAUAAAUAACACUGGCAACCCUAACAACAGGUGUUCAUUUAUGUUUAUCAACAAAACGUUUACUUGCCCCAAUGUGACAACAAAAAAUGCGGCUUUUGAAAUAAGUUGCUGCCUAAAUCUUGAGAAGAAUUAUGGAAAUAUCACACUUAAAGGAACGAGAAGAACACAUAGAAAUCCCUAAUAAAAGGAAAUGUGAAUAUAAUUUUGAACAACCAAAAAAGAAAAUCGCAAGAGAUGGCAAAAAUUCACCGGAAAUCAUUGCUUUGGCGGCGUUGUCCGAUUAUCCACAAAGUCCUAUUAACAACAAAAAGGAGCUAGCAAUCACACCAGCUGAGCACAGUGCACACACAGAAAUUAACAGUCCCAACAAGAAAUCAGAGACCAGCCCAGAUAAAAUCUCUAAAACCUCUGGAUGUUUUUUCCCUCAGAGUCCUAAAAAACGUCUGGAGUUUGCUGCAGAUUCGGGUAAACAACAAAACAAAAGCAAAGAAAAAUUCAUCUAUGGCAACUACAACCAAUAUUACGGUUAUCGAAAUAAGGAUAAAGAUUUCCAUGAUAUACGACUGGAUAUGUUUGAAGAGUACAAAGAUUUGUUUAAAGAGAAACAAAUUUUGGACAUCGGCUGUAAUAGUGGCUUCAUAACCAUGGAAGUGGCCAAAAAGUUUGAGGUAAAGUCAAUAGUAGGUUUAGACAUUGACAAACAUCUCAUUAAUCAGGCCAUAAAAUCCAUAAUUCGCCACAAAAAAGCCUUGCCCUUGAAUAGUGAACUGAAGCGUAGCAAUAAGUUUCCAUUCAAUGUGACUUUUGUGCAUGGAAAUUAUGUUCUAAGAGACGCUGUACUAUUGGAAAUUGAGAGACCACAGUUUGAUGUGAUACUAUGUUUGUCAAUAACAAAAUGGAUACAUUUAAAUUUUGGAGACGAAGGACUAAAGAUGGCUUUCAAACGUAUGUUUCUUCAAUUGCGUUCAAAGGGUAUUUUGGUAUUGGAGGCUCAACCCUUUGAUAAUUAUGGUAGGCGGAAGAAAAUGACUGAGACAAUACAUACAAAUUACAAAAACAUGAAAUUCUUUCCCAAACAUUUUGAGGAAUUUUUGUUAUCCCCAGAGAUUGGAUUUGCCAAAGUUGAUCUAAUGGGAGUACCUGAUCAUUGUAAAAAAGGAUUUAAAAGACCCAUACAAAUAUUCUACAAAGAGUAGAAUAGAAAAAAAAAACAAAUAUAUUGAAUUUAAUGUUUUA